UCAGGGCCGGCAAAACAGUUUCCAAACUUCCAUUCCUGGGGUGGCUGUGGUGGAAAGAGAACCGCCAGACGGCCUGGCUGGCGGGCUGGCGGCCCCAGGAGCAGCCAAAGCGCCGCGCCGCCCCGACACGCGCGCGCCACAAGUGGUUCGCGGGUGGAGGAGCGGCAGCACGGGCCGCGGCUGUGGACCGUGCUCACAAAGGUCGCCCUCCCCGCGCUCCCGUGUCACUCGAUCCUCUUCCCUGCCUCAUCUCCAAUUAAGAGAAAUGACGCCCAAGUUGCGCACCUCCGCGCGCACGCAGUCGGGUGGGUGGACGCGCGGCCACCCAACCCACGGCAUCGUCACUGCUCCUGGGAGGGCACCCCGGGGGCGGGGGGUGCGCCACACCUGGGGAGGCAGGUGCGGAGGCGGCUGGCUCGGGGGUGGCGGGGUCGCGGGCCCGGGGUCUGGGUCAGCGAGACUGGCGCGGUGAACGCGGGGCAGGCUUGGGGCGGUGGCGGCGGGGAGCGUCGGUCCCGGCCUGGCGGCCCGGGGCGGCGACGGGGUGCGCGGCCAGGAGGCCAUUUCCUCCCUGCGCCCCUGGCGGAGCCCGGCUUGCCUGCUCUUGGCCGCUUUCGCCGUCGCCGCCGCGCUAGCCGGACCGCCGGGAGGACUGGAGGGGAAUCCAGGUCACCGGUUCAGAGAUCCUGUCCGAAGCCGGCGCCCGGGCCCGGAAUCUGCGGUAUCCCACCCAUUGGCUGGACUGCGUGGGUGCCAACACCACACGGGAUUGGAUGUCUACGAAGGUCAGAGGAGAUGUCAGUGAAGAAGCGAACCCAGAAUGAUCACUAAUCCAUGACUCCCAACAGUAUGACAGAAAAUGGCCUUCAGGCCUGGGACAAACCAAAGCCCUGUGCAGACGGAGAGCACGCCUGGAAGCUAGGAGGAAUGUCUGAAGCCUGCCUGCACAGGAAGAGCCACCCGGAGAGGCGCAGCACGCUGAAAAACGAACAGUCGUCACCACAGCUCAUCCAGAACACUUGGACUAGCUCAAUAUUCCACCUGGACCCCGACGAUGUGAGCGACCAGAGUGUCUCCAGCGCCCAGCCCUUCCAGACGGAGGAGAAGAGAUGUAAAGGGUAUAUCCCCAGUUACUUGGACAAGGAUGAGCUCUGUGUGGUGUGUGGUGACAAAGCGACUGGUUAUCACUACCGCUGCAUCACAUGUGAAGGCUGCAAGGGUUUCUUUAGAAGAACCAUUCAGAAAAAUCUCCAUCCAUCCUACUCCUGUAAAUAUGAAGGAAAAUGUGUCAUAGACAAAGUCACGCGGAAUCAGUGCCAGGAAUGUCGCUUUAAGAAAUGCAUAUAUGUUGGCAUGGCAACAGAUUUGGUACUUGAUGACAGCAAGAGGCUGGCCAAGAGGAAGCUGAUAGAAGAGAAUCGGGAGAAGAGGCGGCGGGAGGAGCUGCAGAAGUCCAUUGGGCACAAGCCGGAGCCCACCGAUGAGGAAUGGGACCUCAUCAAGACAGUCACCGAAGCCCACGUGGCCACCAAUGCCCAAGGCAGCCACUGGAAGCAGAAACGGAAAUUUCUGCCAGAAGAUAUUGGACAAGCACCAAUAGUAAACGCCCCGGAAGGUGGAAAGGUCGACUUGGAAGCCUUCAGCCAUUUUACAAAAAUCAUCACACCAGCAAUCACCAGAGUGGUGGAUUUUGCCAAAAAGUUGCCUAUGUUCUGUGAGCUGCCAUGUGAAGACCAGAUCAUCCUCCUCAAAGGCUGCUGCAUGGAGAUCAUGUCCCUUCGUGCGGCUGUACGCUAUGACCCCGAGAGUGAGACUUUGACCUUGAAUGGGGAAAUGGCAGUGACACGGGGCCAGCUGAAAAACGGGGGUCUUGGCGUGGUGUCGGAUGCCAUCUUUGACCUGGGCAUGUCUCUGUCUUCUUUCAACCUGGAUGACACAGAAGUAGCCCUCCUUCAGGCCGUCCUGCUGAUGUCCUCAGAUCGCCCAGGACUUGCCUGUGUUGAGAGAAUAGAAAAAUACCAAGAUAGCUUCCUGUUGGCCUUUGAACACUAUAUCAAUUACCGAAAGCACCACGUGACACACUUUUGGCCAAAACUCCUGAUGAAGGUGACAGACCUGCGGAUGAUUGGCGCCUGCCAUGCCAGCCGCUUCCUGCACAUGAAGGUGGAAUGCCCCACAGAGCUCUUCCCCCCUUUGUUCUUGGAAGUGUUCGAGGAUUAGACGGACUGGAUUUAUUGUCAAAAUUCCCACAGCACUA